ACAUGAGCAGCGUUAUUGUCUUAGAGGACUUGUACCUUUUCUUCCUGAUUCAGUUUGGUUCUCCACUUUCAAGUUUCUGGCUUAAACUAAUCCGCAUAUUGUGUUCUUCUGCUUUUUAUUGUGCGCUGCGCUGCCAGUCAAUCAACAGCUCAUCUGAACACAGUGGGAAGCUAUUUCUUUUCACGCCAACUGUAAGACCACUGCUCUUAAUUUGGCAGCUGCCGGGCCAAACUCUCAGACGCACCCUUCUCAAUAUUCUGCUGCCAUCUGUGACAAAGUUUACCGAGCUGAACACAAAAAACACAAAGGCCAACAGUGCCACAGUGUGUGUGGGGAAGUAAAAAGGUGUGAGUGAAAUCAGGCAUCACAAACCUGACAUUUGGGGGGGGGGGACUUCCUCCUUUGGUUAUUUCCCUGUGACACAACCACAUUUCCCUUAAGUCUUAGCAUGAGGUUUGGCAAGCAGGUAUUUUGUCUGAAAACAUGUCAAGUAGCUGAGAGUGUGGGAUGAAAGUGCAAAGAAAACAAAAAAGAGGAAAAAAAUAACCAUGCAGGAAAUUCACCAGCUGGUCUACAUUGGCCUGGAGCUGGUGAUCGCCUGCCUGGCUGUGGUUGGGAACAUUCUUGUCUGCUGGGCCGUCUGCCUCAAUUCCAACCUGCAGAGCAUCACCAACUACUUUGUUGUGUCACUGGCAGUGGCUGAUAUUGCUGUGGGACUGCUGGCGAUUCCCUUUGCCAUCACCAUCAGUAUCGGCUUAUGCACCAGCUUCUAUGGCUGCCUGUUCAUCACUUGCUUCGUCCUUGUGGUCACCCAGAGCUCUAUCUUCAGCCUUCUGGCAAUCGCCGUGGACCGCUACAUUGCUAUUGAGAAUCCACUCAGGUACAACAGUUUAAUGACAGGGCAAAGGGCAGGGGGCAUCAUUGCUUUGUGCUGGCUCCUCUCAGCAGGCAUUGGCCUGACUCCAGUGCUGGGCUGGAACCAAGGUUGGAACUCCAGCAGCAACAGCUGUUCUGAAGGUAUGACUGAGUGCCUGUUUGAAAGUGUGAUUAGCAUGGACUAUAUGAUCUACUUCAAUUUCUUUGGCUGUGUGCUGGUACCUCUGAUAGUCAUGCUGGUCAUAUAUGCCCAUAUCUUCAAAGCUGCACAACGUCAGCUCCGGCGCAAAGCUGCACACACACCUGCUCCAGGAGAAUUAACCUCAUCUUCGAAGUCAUCUUAUUCGACCCUGCAGAAGGAACUGCAUGCUGCCAAGUCACUAGCCAUCAUUGUAGGUUUGUUUGCUUUAUGUUGGCUUCCAGUGCACAUCAUCAACUGUGUCAACCACCUCUGUCAGGACUGUAAACGCCCACAUAUCUGGGUGCUAAACAUUGCCAUCAUCCUCUCCCAUGCCAAUUCUGUUUUGAAUCCCAUCAUCUAUGCUUACUGCAUUCAAGAGUUCAGACAGACCUUUAGGAAAAUACUGCACCAGCACUUGCUGGGUCGAAGAGACAGACAUAGGUUUGGGGUUGGGAGUGGUAAUGGCAGAGGUGUUGGGAGCAGCAGUAACAUGGACACCUCUUCCCGUACGCCAUCAUGUGUCACAGUGGUAAAUAGUUACAUCCUGGAGCCCAGUCCUAAAGAAACUCCACCAAAAGAUACUCAUGACACCUACUGCCAAUGGACAUCAAAGUUAGACACUGUGCCAAGCAGCUACAUACCCAAUGAACACCAAAUACAGGAUAGCACACCUUCAGGAACGCAACAGCAGCAGUGCAUCAUGGAAUGUGCUGCACAGGAUGGAGCGGAGUCAGUCACAUAUCUAAGGGGAACAACAUAAGUUUUGGAGGUGAAAGACAGUGGGAGCUGCAUUGCUUUUGUGAAUGUUCAUGCUCUCUCCCUAAAAGAGAGUGACUGUGCCUGCUCAACAGAGCGCACAAAAGUAUCAUGACAACAGUAUUUAAAAUAUAUAUCCAUUACCAUAAACCAUAAACAGUGUGCAAACAUGACAACAUGAAGUAGAUACAAGAAGAAGCAGCAGCAAAUCAGAACGAGGUAUUCCUGAAAUUAGAUAAACUGAUUGUGAGGUAAUACUUUGAUCUGCUUAAUAUCUUUGUUCUCAUCAACUCUCACUGAAUUUGAUCAGAACUAGAAGCACAUAACAGAAUUGUCAAAAGCAAGAGGAUUUUAAAAAUGGGGGAUGCUUAAAUGUAUCCGAGCUAAAUAUCCUUUUGCGGUUUCAUGUCUUUAAAACAAUGUGCAUCUUAAUGUGUGGUAAACUGUGUUCUGAACAGCACUGUAACUUGCAAUAAUUUAAAGGGGGGAGACUACGGUUCAGUGGGUACAGCAGUCAUCUCCCAAUCAAAGGGUUAGAGGCUUAAAUCACGGUGCCUGCAGUCCACAUAUCAAAGUGUCAAGACAAGACACUGAACCCCCAAGU